UAUUCGCAUCACCAACGCCCAUUUCGUGGCCAUAUACAGGAAAUGACACCAGAACAUCGCCCCCCUCCCCCGUUAAUCGAUCCGGAUCAUUCUUUUUGUGCGGUUUGCGCGACCGUCGGGUAACGGCUUCUGUGGCAACAUCUGUAAUCGUCUGACUUGUCACUUGUAUGCGUUUGGUACUUUUCGGGUACGUCGACUUGCAACAACUCCCCCUUGUCCCUUUUUUGUUUUGUCCUUUCCGUCCGCAGAAUGACAACCCAGAUUGAUAAAGAGGCUUGCAGAGAGGCUUACAACAAAGUCAGAGACGACAACACGGACACUAACUGGGCUGUGUUUAAAUAUCAAGGCUCCACGAUCGUACUUGCCGACCAAGGAACUGACUACGAGGAGUUAAAAAAGAUGUGCACAGAUGAUGCACGGCUGUUUUGCUUCCUGCGGAUUAUGACAGGAGACGCAAUGAGCAAACGAGCCAAGUUCACCCUCAUCACUUGGAUCGGGGAGAGUAUUGGUGGGCUCCAGCGUGCCAAGAUCAGCACAGACAAAGCGCUGGUGAAAGAAAUCGUGCAGAACUUUUCCAAGGAGUUCAUGAUCAGCGAUCCAAAAGAAGUGGAUGAGGACUACCUUCGCACAGAGCUGAAGAAGACGGGCGGCGCCAACUAUGAUGCUCAGGCCGAGUAGAGAAGUGCUACAAUUCAAAUGGAAGAAGGAAUGGUUUUAAAAAUUGCUAUAUCUUUUAGAGAGGAUUCGGGAUUGAAGAUGGCGAACAGCAAUGACAACAGCACCGACACAAAUAACAUACAAAGAACAUAGAAUUUAACUUUUAAAAUUAGUCCCACAAAAGAAGCCUCACGGCAAGGACUUUGAAGAGUACAGGGUCAUCCAAAAGAGUGGACCAGGUGACAUGUAAAUCCAGUUCAAGAGUAUAAACCAAGCACUGUUCUUUCUGUACUGGUGGCCCUUUUUUCCAUUACAAGGCCAUGAAUACAAUUUCAAGAUCUUUCAAAUUUUAUGGAAGAGUUAAAAAGAAGAGUUAAAAACCGAGAUUUGCGAUACUAUACUUGUUGGAUUACUUAGAUAUAGUGUUGAGAUUGUGUAGAAUCUUGGAAGUUCUCCUUUGAAGACUGUAAAGUAUCUCCGAGAUACUACUCAUGCAUAGAUCCAGUUUGGAAAAGAAUGUUGCAAUGUGAAAGAACGGGAACAUGCAUGUAUGUAAGUGUGAAGAUAAAAGCAGUACGGCAGCACGGUGAAACAAUGGUUAGCAGAGCUGCCUCACAGUAGAGGACAUCUGGGUUUUAAUCUGUUGAAAAAUCUCUGUAUGGCGUUUUCAUGAUUUCCCUGUGCUUGCCUAUGUUUAGGUCUGCAACCAAGGUUAGAUCCAUCCAUCCAUCCAUCCAUUUUUUUCUGCUUAUCCGAGAUCGGGUCGCAGGGGCAGUAGCUUCAGCAGGGAAGCCCAGACUUCCCUCUCCACAGCCACUUCCUCCAGCUCUUCCGAGGGGAUCCCGAGGCGUUCCCAGGGAAGCCGAGAGACGUAGUCUCUCCAGCGUAUCCUGGGUCGUUCCCGGGGUCUCCUCCCGGUGGGACGUGCCCGGAACACCUCACCAGGGAGGAAUCUGUUUAGGAAGCCUGAGCAACCUCAUCUGGCUCCUCUCAAUGCGGAGGAGCAGUGGCUCUACUCUGAGCCCCCUCCCAGAUGACCGAGCUUCUCACCCUCUCUCCAUGGCAGAGCCCUGACACCCUGUGGAGGAAACUAAUUUCGGCCGCUUGUUCUUUCAGUCACGACCCACAGGUCGUGACCAUAGGUGAGGGUAGGAACGUAGAUCGGCCGGUAAAUAGAGAGCUUCGCCUUUCGGUUUAGCUCCUUCUUCACCACAACGGACCGAUACAAAAUCCGCAUCACUGCAGACGCUGCACCGAUCCGCCUGUCGAUCUAGCGUUCCAUUCUUCCCUCACUUGUGAACAAGACCCCAAGAUAUUUGAACUCCUCCACUUGGGGAAGGAUCUCAUCUCCAACCUGGAGAGGGCACGCCAUCCUUUUCCGACUAAGGACCAUGGUCUCAGAUUUAGAGGUACUGAUUCUCAUCCCAGCAACUUCACACUCUGCUGCGAACCACUCCAGUGAGAGUUGGAGAUCACGGCCUGAUGAAGCCAACAGAGCCCCAUCAUCUACAAAAAGCAAAGAUGCAAUACUGAGGCCACCAAACUGGACACCCCUCUACGCCUCGGCUGCCCCUAGAAAUUCUGCCCAUAAAAGUUAUGAACAGAAUCGGUGACAAAGGGCAGCCUUGGCGGAGUCCAACCCUCACUGGAAACGUGUCCGACCUACUGCCGGCAAUGCGUACCAAACUCUGACCCCGGUCGUACAGGGACCGAAUAGCCCCUAUUCAGGGGGUUUGGUACCCCAUACUGCCAAAGCAUCCCCAACAGGACUCCACAAGGGCCUUCUCCAAGUCCACAAAACACAUGUAGACUGGUUGGGCGAACUCCCAUGCACCCUCGAGGACCCUGCUGAGGGUGAAGAGCUGGUCCACUGUUCCACGGCCAGGAUGAAAAAAAACACACUGCUCCUCCUGAAUCUGAUAUUCGACUUCCCGACUGACCCUCCUCUCCAGCACCCCUGAAGAGACCUUACCAGGGAGGCUGAGGAGUGUGAUCCCCCUGUAGUUGGAACACAUCGUCCGGUCCCCCUUCUUAAAAAGGGGGACCACCACCCCAGUCUGCCAAUCCAGAGGCACUGUCCCCGAUGUCCACGCGAUGUUGCAGAGGAGUGUCAACCAGGACAGCCCUACAACAUCCAGAGUCUUUAGGAAUUCUGGGCUUAAUCUCAUCCAUCCCCGGGGCCUUGCCACCGAGGAGCUUUUUAACCACCUCGGUGACCUCAACCCCAGAGAUAGGAGAGCCCGCCUCAGAGACCCCAGACUCUGCUCCCUCAUGGGAAGGCGUGUCGGUGAAAUUGAGGUCUUCGAAGUAUUCUCCCCACCGACUCACAACGUCCCGAGUCAAAGUCAGCAGCGCCCCAUCCGCACUAUACACAGUGUUGAUGGUGCACUGCUUCCCCCUCCUGAGACGCCAGAUGGUAGACCACAAUUUCCUCGAAGCCGUCCGGAAGUUGUUCUCCAUGGCCUCACCGAACUCCUCCCACGCCUGGGUUUUUGCCUCAGCGACCACCAAGGAACAUGGUCCACUCAGACUCAAUGUCCCCCGCCUCCCCCGAGACGUGGGUGAAGUUCUGCGCGAGGUGGGAGUUCCUUCUGACAGCGGAUUCUGCCAGACGUUUCCAGCAGACCCUCACAAUACAUUUGGGCCUGCCAGGUCGGACCGGCAUCUUCCCCCACAAUCGGAGCCAACUCACCACCAGGCGGUGAUCAGUUAACAGCUCUGCCCCUCUCUUCACAUGAGUGUCCAAGACAUGCGGCCGCAAGUCCGAUGACACGACCACAAAGUCGAUCAUUGAACGCCAACCUCGGAUGUCCUGGUGCCAAGUGCACGUGUGGACACCCUUAUGCUUGAACAUGGUGUUCGUUAUGGACAAUCGGUGGUGAGCACAGAAGUCCAAUAACCGAACGCCACUCGGGUUCUGAUCGGGGGGAGGCGUUCCUCCCAAUCACACCCUUCCAGGUGUCAUUGUCAUUGCCCACAUGAGCAUUGAAGCCCCGCAGCAGAACGAUGGAGUCCCCAGCGGGAGCGCUCUCCAGCACCCCCUCUAAGGACUCAAAAAAGGGUGUGUACUCUGAACUGCUGUUUGGUGCAUCGGCGCAAAUAACAGUCAGGACCCGUCCCCCCACCCGAAGGCGGAGGGAGGCUACCCUCUCGUCCACUGGGGUGAACCCCAAUGUACAGGCGCCAAGCCGGAAGGCAAUACGUAUACCCACACCUGCUCGGCGCCUCUCACCGUGGGCAACUCCAGAGUGGAAAAGAGUCCAACCCCUCUCAAAAGGACUGGUACCAGAGCCCAAGCCAUGUGUGGAGGCGAGCACGACUAUAUCUAGUCUGAACUUCUCAACCUCACACACCAGCUCCUUCCCUGCCACAGAGGUGACAUUCCACGUACCUGGAGCAAGUUAAUUUCGGUCACUUUAUUAAAAAACAUUAUUUCAAAUUGACAGUGCACAAACUGAAAUUGAUUAUAAUUCACUUCCUGGUUUGAUGCGUAACAUGUCAGAAAAUGGGCAAACACGCUGAUCAUUGUUUUCCAAAGUAAAAGCAUGUUUGCAAAUGUCUUUUUUUGAAUAAACAACAAUAAUCAGUCUGCGUUCAUGGAGUACACCAGAAAUCAGAAAAUAUUUACUGUUGAGAAGCUAAAAUUCCGAGGAUUUGGACAAUUUUGCAGUGCAAAAAGGUCUCUAAACGAUUCAUUGAUUAUACAAAUAAUUGAUAAUUGGUUAAUUAUGAAUUGUUGCACCUCUACUUGUAUUCUCCUGGUACAGUAAACUCGUUUAUUGCGGGGGUUACAUUCCAGAAAACCCUACCAUAACAGAAAGCAGGGACCAAUUAUAUAAAUUUCAUAUGCAAUUCAAUGCCAAUACGUGAGAGGUGCACGUAUUUUAUUUUGUUCACUUGAGGUCACCAUCCACACACACUCCACAAAAACAUGCCUAUUAAAGGCUAUGCUUGAGUGAUGUGUACAACAGGCUAUAUGGACAUGGUGUGAACAAGUGAUUGCCUACCCUUAAAUAUUGGCACUGAUUCUAACACUGAAGGUUCUGGCAACGAAAAGCAUUAUGGGAACCCAGAAUUCAUUGCGGCAGUGUUUUUAACUACAGUACUGGAGUUACAGAAAAUCAGGCUAAACGUUGCUCUUUGCUUGCAUUUGUUUCUGCCAAUAUUGUUUUGAGUGUGUGCGUGUGCGCGCAUUCGCCAUCCUUGGUCAAAGGUUAGUAUUUGUGAAUUCAUAAAACUGACUGACUGUGGCUUGUUUUAAACAGCGGCUUUCCAGUCACAUUCUUAGUAUCCUCAUGCAAUUUGGUGAGAUACCAACUGUCAUGGUUCCACCCACAUUCCGAACACAUGCACGUUGAGAAAUCGAAGAUUCUAAAUUGUCCAUUGCCGACUCGUAACCCUAAUAAGGACAAGUAUAGAAACAGGAUGGAUUACAUUACUUGUUAGCGUAGCAUAGCGUAACAAUUAUAGCGUAGCAUAGCGUAACAAUCAUAGCGUAACGGAAACAACUAUCCAAACAUUUGUCCAGUUCCAAGAGGUUAAAAAUCAAUAUAGUAAUCUUUAAAUUUGUUUUAGUCUAUAGAAACAUUAUACAAGUGUCCAGAAAUGUCUACAGAUUAAAACAGAGAGUUAAAUUACCGGGAUACAGCAUACUAAAUGACAUACAUGGGGUAUCUCGAUAUAGCCUAAAAAUAAGAUAUUGAUUUGGGGCCAUAAUGUGCAGCCCUACUUUAAAGAGUUGGUCGCAAAAUGCUAAUUCUCACUAUUCUGUUUGACUUGACACAAACACAUUUUAAGAUUGAAAUGGUCUAAUUUAAGAAUUACUACAGUCAGUUGGUGGGAGGGAGCCACCAGCCACCACAUGGUUGCUUAUUUAAUGAACUAUGCAUUGUCAUCUCAAGCUCAUACUCAGCUGGGAUGCAGUUGGCCAGGAAGAAGUGAAUGCACAUCAAGGCUUCAGCACUGUUAUAUCAGAAUAAUGCCACAAAUUGUGAAAUGUAAGCACGUCUGAAAUAUUGUGUAUGCCACUCGUUAUCAUACAAUGUACAUCAUAACAAAAAGGUUUUCUAAUAUUAUCCUUGCUGAUGUUUGUCAUCUUGUUUUGUGUGUGCCUCAGACCACUCAGCACAAAUUAAGAGUUUGGGCAGUCUCAAUCUGUAAUUGCUUGUACAUUUUGACUAGUGCUUCGUAUUGUUUUUUAAUUGCAUAUUGUAUUUCCAUAUUGUUAAUCUGUUUGGAAGAAGUACAAGUGGUAAUUUAGAGGGAUAUCUGUAAAUACUAUGCUACAGAAAUACAAUGAUUACAUUGAGUCAUUUUUCAUUCAACAGCAGCUCUUGUUUUGAUGUAAUGUUCCAUAAAACGACCCCCCCCCCCCCCUCCCCCUUCAGAGGUCUCCUCAUCGUAUUUGACUGCCUUUGUCUCCCUUGGAAAGCGGCAUCAUUGAACCUUGUUCACAGCACACUGCGAUUGUUGACGCCUCACGUUUGGCAGUGCUUCCGUCAACAUCAAGGUCAUAGCCAACUGAGGAGAUUGGCCAUCUCUCAGUUAAAGCAUCUUUUAUAUGUCUUCUAUGUUUUUGGAUUAAACUGUGUCUGCAGAGUUUAGGAAUUUGAAGUCUUUAUUUCUAUACUUUGGUGGGAAAAGUCAUUUCAAAAUAAAAAUCUAAACACUUCGUAGUGUUUUUUGUUCCCCCCCCCCCCCCCCUCCUUAAAAGUACACCUUAAACUGACAUCACAUUGUGAUACUUUACUGGAAAAUGAAAGCAAACGACACAUUUUGUUAGAGAACAGUAAAUUGUGCAAGAAAUAUUGAACAGUCGGACAAAAGUUUAGAGGUCAAAUGAAUUUACUAUGUAAAGUGUCAUGGUCUGGUUUGGUUUGUGUUUAGUUUUGUUCCAUGUUUGUGACGUGCUCAUUUAGUUAUUGUGUCCACCUGUUGUCGUCAACCUUCUGCCUUGUGUCGACCAAUCAGCUCUUUCCAGCCACUCGCGUCUUGUACAGCUGUUCCUCGUUGUCUCGUCAAUCAUGUUUGUAUUUAGUUCCCCGGUUUCUUUCAGUUCAUUGUCCUUGUGGUAUGUCAUUAUCAGUUGUCAUUGUAGUCUGUCUGUGGCACAUGUCAAAGUCGCCUGUAGUUUCAGUAGUCAUGUCCUGUUCCAGUUUUAGGUUUGUUCAAAGUGUUUCUUUGUUUUUUGAUGAUCAGUUUUGGGACUCAGUUUAGUUUGCUUUUUCCAUGACCCUUGUUUACCUUUGAUUUGGAAUUAAAUAUCAUUUUCGGGACUUCUA